UGCCCCUCCCCCAACAUUACUACAAAACUCUUCUCUCUCUCUCUCUCUCUCUCUCUCAACAAUGAGCAGGAAGAUAAGCACUGAAACAAUGAGAGACUCUAAGAGAAAAGUAUCUUGCAGAAAGCUUGGAGGGUAUCUUAAAGAGCAGAAAGGAAGGCUAUACAUAAUCAGGAGAUGUGUAGUUAUGCUUAUUUGUUGGCAUGACUGAAACUGAAAGCAGCACUAUGUUGAAGAUUAUAUAUUUGUGUCGACUUAGCCUAUUUUUUUCCAGUGAUGACACAAGUCUGAUGCAAAGCGAACACCAUUGCCGCCACUGCAGCCAACCUCUCUCUUUUUCGCAGUAUCUCUGUUUUUGGUGUUUGCUAUGUGUCAUUUGAAGCCGUAAAUAGCAGAGAGAUCACAAUUUGUUUUUCAUGAUCGUGAUGACCAUGCUUGAUAUUGAAAUUUACAUACAUCAUGAAGAUUUUCCCAGUUAUACUAGUAUAAUAUUCAU